ACACUCGCUGGAUUUCAUAGUCUACAUUCAUUCUAUACACAAUUAUUGCAUCUAAUAUCUACAUAUUUCACAGUAAAUCAAACCCUGAAAAACAGCCUUCCCCGCAGCGUGCGACACCAUGGCGACUACCGUAGACAAGAUCAAAGAGAUUGAGGCCGAGAUGGCCAAAACUCAAAAGAACAAAGCUACGUCGUUUCACUUGGGACAAUUGAAAGCAAAACUCGCGAAGCUAAAAAGAGAACUUUUAACUCCUUCGGGAGGUGGAGGAGGGGGUGGUGUUGGUUUCGAUGUGGCUCGUACCGGUGUUGCGAGCGUCGGUUUCAUCGGUUUUCCUUCGGUUGGCAAAAGUACAUUGAUGAGCAAACUCACCGGCCAGCAUUCUGAAGCUGCCGCCUAUGAGUUCACAACUCUAACAACGGUUCCUGGACAAGUCAUGUAUAACGGAGCCAAGAUUCAGAUCUUGGAUUUGCCCGGUAUUAUUCAAGGUGCCAAAGACGGAAAAGGUCGUGGUCGACAAGUUAUAGCCGUUGCAAAGACGUGCCAUUUGAUCUUUAUAGUCUUGGACGUCAACAAGCCGUUGACAGAUAAGAAAAUCAUCGAGAACGAAUUGGAGGGAUUCGGCAUUCGAAUCAAUAAACAGCCACCAAAUAUUGUAUUCAAAAAGAAGGAGAAAGGAGGAAUAUCGAUCUCAAGCACAGUGCCACUAACACAUAUUGACAACGACGAAAUUCGAGCGGUUAUGGGUGAAUAUAGAAUUACGUCUGCGGAUAUUGCAAUCCGAUGCGAUGCCACGAUUGAUGACCUUAUUGAUGUCCUUGAGGCAAAGAGCAGACGUUACAUUCCCGUCAUUUAUGCAUUGAACAAGAUUGAUUCAAUUUCCAUCGAGGAACUGGAUCUGCUAUAUCGAAUUCCCAACGCCUGUCCGAUCAGCUCGGAACACGGGUGGAAUAUCGACGAACUCUUGGAGAUGAUGUGGGAAAAGUUGAAUCUUCGACGAGUCUACACGAAACCAAAGGGCAAACAACCUGAUUAUUCGGCACCUGUUGUGCUGAGAAGCACAGCUUGUACAGUGGAAGAUUUUUGUAACGCAAUUCACAAAUCUAUCGUCGAUCAAUUCAAAGUGGCAAUUGUCUACGGACGUUCAGUCAAACAUCAACCUCAGCGCGUUGGACUUAGCCAUGAGCUCGCUGAUGAAGAUAUCAGUUAGUCAUAUCCGUGUUCUAUGAUUCUCGGCGUGCCUGACUAAUAUGUGUCUUUGCAACAGUUACGAUUUUGAAACGAUAAAGUUCAACCUUCUUCGGCGUGAAAGCAAGCAAGCCAGCUGGUCACCUCGCAUGUGAUAGAUAAUAUUGCGUGCGAGGCACUAUUUGCCUAGGCAUUUCCAUCAGUAUACGACGUAUAACUACUACGUAUACAGUCAGUGCUCAAUGCCCUGCGACCGGACUGAGCUCCGUAUGGAGGUUAUGGUCAGAUGCAGGUCGCCGGUGCGCACUGACAUACAUACAUAUCUACCUCGGACAUGUUCUAGACUUGAUCAAUGGUAAAUUGUGUUUGCUUGUGUUUUUCGGCCUUACAUUUGGGGAACGAGUGAAGGAGUCUAGGAGGUGUCACCACACCAUCCAGUCAACGUACCACUCUAGUACUACGUCCCUAUAAUGAUUUAAAUAUGGAAAAGGAUUGUUUAAAAUCAUGAUUAAUGUAAUAUCGUCUCUUUUCUUGUUUGCAUGCUCAUGCUCGGUUACAGCGCGUGGGGUCUUCUCCGGGGAGCAGCGGAGGGCGAGUUUGGUGGCACCUGCAGCCCUAAUCGAAAUCGAAGCUUUGCCUUUUGUGGAGAAAGUCUUUUGACUUUUGUAUAUAUUAUCUGCAAUAAAUAUCUCAUGCUUUAGUAAAUGAGCAUUACAAAUACAAUUUCAUCGUACUUAUCUCCAUACCGUUUGGGUCCCUGGCAUGGACAAGCUGAUAGCCUGACCGCGUUGCUUUUUCUCGUUUCCUUCAAGUCAUUCUUCAGGAACAAGUAACCGGAACGUCGUUUUUGUCGUAUCGCCAUUAUUGAAAAGAAUCAUGAUAUUAUCCUUCAUAUUUUAUAGUAUUAAUGGACCCUCCGACCGGCCUAGAACUAGUCAUUUAUCCAGGG